CUUCGCCAAUGAAAUUGCGCGAUAUGGCCGAGGUUAGGGAUCGCUCAGAACGACGACGCGAGGGGGAGUCAAGGCCGGAGCCAAGAGGAAGAGGCCUCGCGUACGACGGAUAGACGGACGUCCAGUUCGGAUUGUUGCGCUGGCCAAACGCCACCAGGCGCGCGCAGGAGAAGGAAGCAGCAGCUCGAAGCUCUCCUUCGACAUCUGGUCUACGUCAGCGGCAAGGGUUCGCUCUCUCGCUGCACCACAGCACCAGGCGGUAGAGGCCGCCACAACGUCAGGGUACGUGCAACACAUGGGGGAGGCAGCGGCUCAAUCUUAGCCGCUUUCAGACGAGAAAACACUCCUGCGUCGCAGUCGAGAGGCUAACUCGACUCUGUUCUCUCUCUCUCUCUCUCUCUCUCUCUCUCUCUGUGUCUUCUUCGUAGUUAGCAACAGUCAGCAGACUCUUCAAGUGUCAAAGAUGUCGUUCCGGUUUCCUCGAUGGGGGCGAAAGAAGAGCAAAAGCAAAGAGCCCGUCGGGGGCAACAAGUACUAUCCUAACGGUGCAAACGGCGCCGGUGGCGUCCCGCGCGGCCCGCCGUCCGCGCCCGGACGCACCUACAGCAACGGCUCGGACUACCAGUCGCAGCAGUCGUGGCAAGCCAACGGCACGAUGCCGCCAGCGCCCGCGUCGGCCGAUUACCAACACUCUGGGCAGCGCGCUGCCGCUCCGUCCGCGAACCGUGGGGUGGUGUUGCCGUUCUCACACCCGCUGUACGCCAUGGACGCCGAGGGUAUGAUCCAUCUCAAGGCUACGGGCAAGGGGCUCGAUGACUCUGAUCUGGCCGUACACCAGGACGAGAUCAUCAACACUGUCGUUAAGUACGUGCAGGACUCGAUGCGUAAGGAACUGGGCUUCAAAGAGGUCUACAUCCCGGCCAAUAGCACACCAGAGGCACCAGUUAAAGCCAACGUCUUCGUGUCACGCAACUACGAGACGUGCAAGAAGCUGCUGGUCUUUGUGGCCGUCAGUCGAGGCCUGUACCCGGGUCUCUGGAGUCGCGGCCUGGUUCUCCACGCUGGCGUCAAGAGUGGCAGUAUGCUCGAGUACUUCCGCAAAGCUAUCGACGAAGGUUACGGUAUCAUCGUGGCCAAUCCUAACAAGAACGUCAUCGUGAUGCGUGACGGCAAGCAACGACUGCAAAUUCCCGGCUCGUCCAGUCCGGAGGAACACAUGGAUUCACUAUGGGACUCGUACGUCGCGAGAUCUGCGGCCCGACGCGUGUAUUUCCUCGGAUACUCGUACGGUGGUGUCCUCAUCAAGUAUCUACUGCAGUCGCGCGGCGACCAGCUGAUGCGUCGCAAUGGUGCCAUCGCACUCAUCGAGUCUAGCCACCGUAUUGAGGACGGCGACUCCCAGUCCGUCAAGUCCAUUCUAGCACACCGUACCAUGUACUGGGAGAGCAAUGAUCAACUGUUCCAGACCAAACUGGACGGCGACGCACCGCACCGUACCGGUUGUACCUGUUUGUCGGCUGGUAGGCCGCCGCGUGCCCAUGCGAACCAUUACUACGUGACUGCCUUCUGCAUCAACAAGAUCCAGGACGCGUUGUUUCGGUUCCUGGACACACGCGAUGCCACCACGUACGUGGCUGGCGAGAAGCCUGUGCCGGAGCCGCCUGCCUCGGCCCCGGCGUUUAUGGGCAACGGUGCCGCCCCCACGGCCCCACAACUAGCACGCCAAGAGUCCACGCGACGUGAAGCCAACAACUCGAAGAUGGGCAACAGCGAGAAACACUGCAACUUGUGUCUGUUCCACUUCACGUUGUUCGACCGGCGUCACCAUUGCCGCAUGUGUCACCGUGCUGUAUGCAACGCCUGCUCACGCGACAGACUGUUCUUGCCGGGAUCCAGUACGGCUCAACGUGUGUGUACCGAGUGCGCCACGGAAGGCCCUCGCGCUAAUAACCAGCCCCCCACGCAGCCACUGCCGAGCUACCCGCGCAUUAACCGCACUGCCAGCGACGCCGUGGCCACUACCAACUCGUCUGCGGAUAUGUCACAAGCCCGUAACCGGUCGGACACGCAGAUGUCGAACCAGGGACGAUCCGAGUCGAACGCGCAGCCUCCGCAGAACACGAAGCUGAGUGUGGAGGACUUCGAUCUGCUCAAGGUUAUCGGUAAGGGAGCGUUCGGUAAGGUUAUGCUGGUACGCAAGAAGGUUCCCGAUGGAUCGUCGAACCCCAACGCCAUCUACGCUAUGAAGGUGCUGAAGAAGGCGUCCGUGUUUGCUAAGAACCAGGUGGAACACACCAAGUCGGAGCGUCGUAUCUUGCGUGAUAUCGACCACCCGUUCGUGGUGCGUCUGCGGUAUGCGUUCCAGAACGAAGACAAGUUGUACCUAGUCAUGGACUACUACAACGGUGGGUCGCUGUUCUUCCAUUUGCGUAAAUCGCGCAAGUUCUCGGAGAAACGCGCUCGCUUCUACGCGGCGCAGUUGCUCAUGUCGAUGUCGCACUUGCACGAGCUUAACAUCGCGUACCGUGACUUGAAGCUGGAGAAUAUUUUGAUGGACGACAAGGGAUUCAUCGCACUGACGGACUUCGGUCUGUCGAAGGAGAAUGUGGACGUGCCUGAUGGCGCCAAGACCUUCUGUGGUACGGCCGAGUACAUUGCGCCCGAACUGCUUAAGGGUCUGCCGUACGGUAAGGCUGUGGACUGGUGGGGCUUCGGUACUUUGCUGUAUGAAAUGAUGACUGGACAGACGCCGUUCUUCGACCGUAACCGGAAGCGUAUGUUCCACAAUAUUCUGCACCGGGACGUCGUAUUCACCCAGGCUUUCUCGGAAGACGCCAAGGAUCUGCUGACUGGUCUACUGCGCCGAGACCCGGCCAAGCGAUUAGGCUCAGGCCCGUCGGGCGUGCAGGAAAUUAUGGACCACCCGUUCUUCGCUAGCAUCGAUUUCGACAAGCUGCUGAAACGUGAGGUGGAGCCGCCGUUUAAGCCUGUGGUGAACAGUGAGGCCGAUACGGGCAACGUUGCCAACAUCUUUACGCGCGAGAUGGCCCGUGACUCGCCCGUGACGCAGGAACUAGGAGCGACGCAUCGUGCACAGGCUCACUUUGAUGGUUUCACCUACAUGCCCGGCAACGAGCACUUGAACUAAUCGAAGAGAGGAGACUGCGAGAUUGUUAGACGACUACCCGUUCCCACGACAGAAGUCAAGAGCAAGAGCGAACCUGCAAUGGGGGAAAGCUGUAAAGUCGAGGGAGUAGCGCGAAUGUGCAGCAGCUUCGUUGGAAAACCCCAUUGCAGAGUGGGUAAGGGAGGCGACACGAGCGAGAGAGCCGUGUCGGUGUGUGUUGUGUAAGAAGAAAAGGGAAGAGCAAGACGAGCGAGCUGGUAAGAGGUGGCAUGGUCCUGAGCUGUUAUCUCCUGCCGGCAGACUCGCCAUUUUAGUUUUAGCUUUGCGAGUGGCAUAAGAUGAAAAAAGAGAAAAUGAAUAUCCAUACUACUCAAUUCACCUGCGGUGUUUAAUGCUGAUUGUAACUUGUUCGUAGCUGGGAAUAUAUAUUUUUAUUCACGUAGCC